AUGUCGCUUUGUAAAACUUACAACGCUGUUUCGGCGUUACUGAUCAUAGUCUUUAAAUUGCCAGUAUGGAGCGCUGGACAAGCGUUGCCGAAGUACGAAGGGUCAUUUUAUGCUUCCGGCGAGAUAUUCCGAAGUAACUUUGAACUAGGAGAGGAAUUCAAACGCAGAGAAACAAACGUGUUUGAGGAAGCAUACGACGCAGUUGAACGGAAGGCCGCCCUUCGCAUACUUUUGGACAAGGAGGAGAUUGUGUUCUUUGAAGAUUUGUAUACGAAACAUAAAUUCGUCAUGCAUACUUUUGAUGGUUUCACGACAUGCGAAGCUGCCGACAAAGAGGACUGGGAAGAUAAAAAACACCUAGUUACGGUACUUCGUGGACCGGAUAAACGAAAGUACACGUUUCUGCGUGACAUUCUCACCUUACAACGGAGAGUGAAAGUUAGCAAAACAAUGAUUCAGCUCGUACGGAACAUGUCCUGUAGGACAUUUGAUCUGGACAUCCGAGACCCUGAAAAACAAUAUAUGAAGCCCGUGAUUACUUGGACGUUGAAUGAAACGCUGAAAGAUAACCGUUCAUCUAGUACAACUGCCCCACCUCCACAAGUCACAUCUUCGAGACCUCAACUCGAAAUUAAAGAUCUAAAGUCGGCCAUGUACACGCCGAUAAAUGAGACCCUUGCAGUCCCUUGGGAGGUCUCCUACAUGAUUGAACUUGCAACGCAUAAGACUGAAUCAAUGACCACGAGGAUAUUUAGCAUCGACUUCAUCCGUCAGUCAUCCGUGAACAAGCUUCUUGAGAUACCAGAUGGAGUUUCCUGUCCUGGGAAUUACUAUAAAAAAUGGCUUCCGCAGCCGAUUUUUUGGAAUAUGCGAGUAUUUUGUUAUUCGGCACGGGUCUGGAAUUCCAAGACAAAAAAAGUUAGCGUCAUUAAAGGAUGGCUCGAUGUGAAUAAACGCAUCUCCAGAUUGGAUUACACUCCCUGGCUUUCCAAGGAUGCGGAGCCAAUCACAGUCAUUGUAGUUAAUACGACGACUAAAAACAGCGCUCAUGACCGUGUUUACAAAAUUUCUAAGGAAGGUUUUGUGUGCGAGGCAAUGAAAAUAAAAGACCUCGAAUUUGACCCGCAAAUGAUUCUCAAGCCAACGGACAUGUCGUCCAUGACGACGAAAACAUUUUUUAUGGGGCCUACCGAGGUUGCGAGGCUGAACUACACGAAAGUUACUUUCAAGGGAGGAAUUCCGUGUCAUUUGUGGAGCAUGAGACGAGACGAUUGGCCCCCUGGCCCCACAUACGUCGUGACUCUCUGGCAGUGGUGUUUUAUUAAUAAGGAAUUUUUUACUCGGGACUCUAAAACCAUUUCUUCUCAACUCGUAAGUCUUGACAUUGCUAUUGAAGAGCUGUACUACAAAAAGAGUGAUAAGCACAAAGAUUAUGACAUCGGACAGACCUUCUCCUUCUAUUUUUACAAUGUAAACUCCAACAUGGAUAAAUUAACGGAAACAAAAGGCUUUGCUCUAACUGCAUGCAGCGACAAGAACGACACAAGGAAAUUGAGGCUGCGAUUGACCGAAACGUCGCUUCCUAUAGAAUUACUCAGAGAACCAGACUUCUUGUUUGCUGCUUGGAGGUCUGUCGAGGUCACCGGUGGCAUUCCGAAUCCACGUUUGCGAAUCACCGAUUUCAAAGCGAUUAAGGACAGAGAGGAAAGUUUCCUUAAGUUUACGCUUUGGGGAAGAUUAAUCGACUUGAAGGAAACGUCGACGCUCCAAAAGGAAGUGGAUAUGGAUCAAAUAACGACAAAAAUGGUGUAUCACGCUAAAAGAGGAUCGUUCAAAUUUACGUACAACAAGAAGGAGUACAAGAUAAAUAAAGUGUGCUUUAUCUGAAUGUGCAAAGAAAGCUACCCUCGGCUUGCUGACCCGUCGGUUACUAUUGUUUUCAAGAGAUAUGGUGCUGAGAUUCUAUAGAAGUCUCAC